GUCGCUCUCACACCAUCACGCCGAAUAUAAAGGAAACGGACACACGAGCAGGCAGAAACCGCCACAUGAGUGCGUGGCGGGCCGGCAGACAGACAGCUCACUCACUCCUUCGCUCAAAUCGGAGGCACACAGUCAGCCAGGCGACGAGUGAAGAGCCCCCCGCCACACACAUGAGUGUGUGACAGACACAGCCGCCCCCACGUGUGUGUGGACUGUGUCCUACUCUAUGAUGCUGACCAACCGCAGCUGAACAUAGCGGAGAAAAAAUUCAUAUCUGGCUGGCACUAUGAUUUGCCUGACUUCGCCCUCAUUCAUCGACAGGAGCGCCUCACGCAACCACUCAGGCCGAUCAGACACACGCCACACCUCCCCACGUUGAUCGAUGAGUUUGUCCCGGCCGUCGAAUGCGUCGCGCCACCCAACCCAGUCGAACUUGAAGCGUGCGCAGAUGCCGGUGCCCUCCGUGACGAUGCGAUAGCGCACACCCAACGGGGUCACAGUGAAGCCAUCACUGUCGCUGCAAAGUGGAUGAAGAGGACAAAUGGCGACAGAGGCCUUUCUGGUUCUGUCCAUCUGCGUACCUGGUCUGCUGUGCGCCAUGUGUGUUGGGCGUGUCGGUCUUGACAACGCCAUACAUGGCCGCGUUGACAUCGAAGGCCGCCUGCUCUCGGGCGUUGUCCAUCCGCAGCGGCACGUUGGCCUCGGCGGGCGAGGCGCCGAGUCGCUGCCGGCGGUGGUGGUCGACGAUGCGGCUGAUGUGGUCGGGCUGCACCACAUCCACCGGCCGCGGCCACCUGAAGACACACACAAUACACACAGCCAUCCUCGAGUGGGCAUCGCUGUCACUGAGUGCUUCGAUGGGUCGAUGCUCACAUAUCGAAUCUGUUUGUCAGCUCUUGGUUCAUGGUAUCCACAGUCGACUGAGUGGUCGAUAUGACCUGAUAACCACACACGUCGACAGACCGGAUGGGGUCACCGCCACUCAGAGGCAGCAGGAAGGGCUCGACGGCCUGGGGCAAACAGGUAGCAACGAGAUGAGCAACAGGCAGCAUCAACCCCCCCCUCCUCCCCCCCCCCUCUCUCUCUUUGUGCCAAUCUCGUCACCUGUAUCUCUUUGUUGAGGUUGUCACGUCGUGUGUUGGCGGCCCGCAGCUGUGCCUCCAGCCGGGCCUUCUCAGCGGCGAAGGCCUUCAUGAUGCCUUCAAGCGUCUUGACGGUGUCGCCCAUCUCGGCGGGGAUACCCGUGGUGGGCAGCCGCAGGUCGGUCCCAACGCUGCCACUGGAAGUGGCCUCUGUUGGAGUCUUGUCGAGAUGCGACAUCAUCAGCUUGACCCGAAAGUCAUGAGGACCUGCAACACACAAACAGCCGGCCGAAUGAAUGAUGAGUGCGGAUUGGUGAUAAGUGUGUCCCCUCUCGUUGCCUUACAGUACUUACCGGUGUGGUGCCGCUUGGCCGCGUCGUCGAUCAGGUGUUUGACCGACGCCGCCUUGCGGGAAGUGCGCAUCGUUUCGGCGUCGAGGAUGGCCGUGUGGAUGGUCUUGAAGGCCUCCGAGUCCAUGUUGAGGAACAGCCGCUGCUUGUCGUCCUUGAUGAGUCGCCCGUCCCAGCAGCCCGAGAACAGCGCCGCCAGCAGAGUGCCCUCCACCCCCUCCCCUUGAGUCAACAUCUUCCGCUUCACUCGCCACUCGCUGCCGCCCACAUUGAGCAGCAGCAUGUCAUCGGGCGAUGCUGUUGAUGGGUCCGAUGCGCCGUGUUUGGUUCUCUCUUGCUGGGCAUCGUCGUCAGCUUGGCGGAUCUGUGCGCGCAGCUGGCUGAUGGCGUCGCCGAUGGCCGUCACGGGCACGUGCAGCUGAUUGAGAAUCGCAUGGGCGCUGAACUGGCCAGCGGCCGACUCGGCCUCCAUCCUUUGUCGCGGCGCAACAGAUCUGUCAGCGAUGCCUGACAACCACACAAAACCGAGCACACAUCAAUGAGCAUGCUUGAGUGUUGUUCCAUUGUCGUCCUUGCACACCUGAUGCCCAACACAAAGGCGAUGCCAAAGUCCUUGGGAUGAUCAGCCGGAGGUUGUUUUGGGUUCA